AUGGCGGUCGCCGCGACCUCAUGGCAUUUCCAUGCGCUCGUGAACAACGGCAUGGCUCAAUCGCGAGAGCGGUCUGUUGAGUAUUCAGACAUGGAGCCAGGUGACUUUGCUCGAUUUGUCGAAUACGCGUAUCGCCGCGAUUAUACUGUACCGCAUUGGACCUUGGAUAACGCAGUUUCGGUCACCAGUGAAUCAGACGGCGAUGAGGAAGAAGCACCGCCAGAACCUGAAGCGGAACCGGAGGCAAUACCCGAACUUGACCAAGAGUGGUUGGCAAGCAUGCGGUCCCGUCCUGCCGCUGAUGUACCGUUGUCUACAUUAGCAUUUAUAUCUUCCAACAAGAAAAGAAAAUCCGGAAAAUCAAGGACGUCCCGUAGUCUGCGCAAAAGCUUUGAUGAGCGCGAGUACCUCACAUCAGAUGAGCCGAGUACGAUAAUGCUCGCUGAUUCUCUGCCCAAGGAGAACUCCAAGCCUGAACAGAACUUUACGCCUAUCUUCUUAGCGCACGCACGGCUCUAUACCUUCGCCUGUAUGCGUCUCAUCGACCCUCUCAAACGCUUGGCUCUACACAAGCUCCACCAAACCCUCCUCAAGUUCAAGCUCUACGAUCGACGAGUCGGAGACGUGGUCGAAUUGGCCAGAUACGCAUAUGAUAAUGGGGAAGGUAGGAAGCCUGACGGGAGCAUCGAAGAUCUCAGAAAGCUGGUGGUGGAGUACAUAGCCUGUGAAGUGUCGACAAUUGGGAAGCACGAAGCGUUUGCUCCCCUGUUGCAAGAGGGCGGAGAGUUUGUGGUAGACUUCUGGCGUAUCAUCGCUAAGGAGAAUCUGUCUUUGUAG